AUGCACCCCUCGCCGCUCCCCCGGGUCGACCCGGCCCCAGACCAGGCCGAGGUCGUGCUCAUCGCCGACGACGCGGCCCGCCCUCGUCCUCCGCGACCCGUCGCCCGGUGGCUCGUCAAGAUCCAGCACGAGCGCCACGGCGUGCCGCAGCCGGCGCACCACGCGGCGCACGACCAGGGCGGCGAGCUCGACUCGGACCCGCUCGCGCGACCGCGCGCCGGCGGGGACGUCGAGUCGCGCGACAUGGACGAGGGCGUGCAAGGUGUCGACGAGGAGGACGAGUGCAGCACGCCGCUGCAGCGCAGGCCGGCGCACCGGCUCGGGCGCCGCUCGAGCGAGUUCUGCCCCGUCGCCGCCGAGGCCGACAUACUCCCUCCUCCCCUCCCGCACCCGCUCCAGCAGCAGCAUGCCGACUACGAGCCCGCCAUCACCGACGCCCGUUCCUCCUCCUCGUGCCGCUACUCGUACGGCGACUUCAGCUCGGCAUCGUCGACCGCCUCGUCGUCGACCUCGCACUCGGGCUUCUCGUCGCACUCGGCGUCGAGCUUCACGAGCGCGAGCUCGACCCAGACGUUCUCGGCCGCCGCCUCGGGCUGGCCUGUCGCCGCCUCGACAUCGUCGGCGUCGACCUCGCCGUCGCGGCAGGGCAAGACGCCCCAGGUCGCGACAUUGCCGCUCCAGAGCCUCGCGGCGGCGGUCGAGCGGGCCGAGGGGCACGAGGCGGCGAGCGACGGUGGGACGCCUGUACCCGAGGCGCAGGUCGAAGUGCUCGACCUGCCUCUGCCGAGCGGCGCGGCGUGCGGUGCGGUCGGGCCGUCCUCACCAGCGACGGCGGCGCGCGAGGACAAGCCGCUCCCGCCGUGUCCAAAGGCCGCCGAGCCGCCUUCCCUGUGCGCCCCGCCGACGCUCCGCCACGUCGAGCCGCACCCCGCACCGACCGGCGACGCCCACCCUGCCCUUCCCGACCUGCCGGCCGCCGCCUUCGCCCGCCCUCCUGCGCCCUCGACCGCCUCGUCCGCCAUCGGCGCCGACGACGUUCCCGUGACGACGACGGCCCCGCACGCCAACCCGCACGAGCUCGCGUCCGACGCCGACUCGCUGCGGCCGCCCGAGAACUUUGCCAUGGUGUCGCCCAAGCUGUACCGGUCGUCGUUCCCGCGCGACAAGCACUUCCCGUUCCUGCGCAGCUUGGGUCUCAAGAGCGUCAUGGUCCUCGUGCAAGAGCCCUACCCCGAGGAGAAUGUCGAGUUCCUGAAGGCCGAGGGCAUACAGCUUUUCCAGUUCGGCAUCCCGGGCAACAAGGAGCCGUUCGUCUCGAUCCCGGAGGACAAGAUCGUCGGCGCCCUGUCGACCAUCCUCGACGCGCGCAACCACCCGAUGCUGAUUCACUGCAACAAGGGCAAGCACCGCACGGGCUGCGUCGUCGGGUGCCUGCGCCGCAUCCAGAUGUGGUCGCUCGUGUCGGUCUUUGACGAGUACCGGCGUUACUCGCACCCGAAGAGCCGCGCCAUGGACUUGCAGUGCAUCGAGGCGUUCGGCGGCUUGUCCAAGGUCUGGGACACGGUCGACCGCGAGCACCUCCCGCAGUGGGCGACUCUCGACCCGCCGCCCCGGCCGCCUCCUGCGCUCGCCGUCGCGUCGGACGACGACGACACGGCGUCGACGAGCUCGAUUGACGGGCCGUGAGCGCGUCGGGUCCGCCUCCCCCUCUUUCUAGCCCCCCUUUGUACCCGUCUCUCUCGAGCGAGCGCG